CCUAGAUCCUAACCGGGAAAUAUCACGCGUCUGCCUGCGCUUUACACCUUUCUGCCUUGAGCUCGUGUCCUAUUUUAUUAGCGGUCCCGGCAUCGAAUGGAGUUGCUCUUUUAUCUUUAUCUCCUACGCAAACAUGGCCGAUAAAGAGGCAACGGUCUACAUCGUGGACUUUGGAAGGUCCAUGGGGGAGCGCCGUCAUGGUCGCGAAGUGACGGAUCUUGAAUGGGCCAUGCAGUAUGUCUGGGAUCGCAUCACAGGGACGGUGGCGACGGGGCGCAAGAUGGCUCUGCUUGGCGUGAUCGGGUUUCGAACCGACAAUACUUCCAACGAGUUGGAAGACGAUCCCGAUUACUCGCAUAUCUCGGUGCUGUCUGGUAUCAAACAGUUUCUCAUGUCUGAUAUCCGGCAGUUGAGCGACCAAAUAAAGCCUAGCAAUACAAACAAGGGAGACACUAUCUCCGCCCUCGUACUCGCGAUUCAGAUGAUCAUCACGCAAUGCAAGAAAUUGAAAUACAAGCGCAGAAUUGUCCUAGUCACCAACGGCGAGGGUCGGAUACAUCCGGAUACUAACCUCAAGGAGGUAACAAAGAAGAUUAAGGAGGACAACAUCGAACUCAUUAUCUUGGGACCUGACUUUGAUGAUCCGGAAUACGGAGUUAAGGAGGAGGAUAAAGACCCACGCAAGGCUGAGAAUGAAACAAUCCUGCGAGGCCUCGCCGAAGACUGCGAUGGAGCUUAUGGAACGUUGGAACAGGCUGUGGCAGAGUUGGAGAUGCCUCGCGUGAAGAGCACCAGAAUAACAGCAACCUUCAAGGGCCACCUUCAGCUAGGCGAUCCAGCAGAAUACGAUACCGCAGUUCGCAUUCCAGUCGAGCGGUACUACAGGACAUACGUUGCCAAACCUCCAUCGGCGAGCCAGUUCGUCUUGCGAGAAGGACAACGCGAAUCGUCUACGGCUGCGGCUGGCACGCAAGAAUCUCCGAUAGACGGUAGCUCCCUUAUAGGCGUGCGCAAUACCAGAACAUAUCAGAUAACCGAUGAGACUGCUCCAGGUGGGAAAAGAGAGGUGGAGCGAGAGGACCUCGCCAAAGGUUACGAGUACGGGCGGACAGCGGUCUAUAUCAGCGAGAUGGACCAGAAUAUCACAGUUUUGGAGACUUAUGCGGCUAUUGAGCUUCUUGGUUUUAUACAGAGCGAGACUUACGACCGAUACAUGCACAUGUCGACGACAAACAUCAUAAUUGCGCAGCGCGCCAAUGACAAAGCAGCUCUGGCGCUUUCCUCCUUCAUCCACGCGCUUUUUGAGCUGGAAUGUUAUGCUGUCGCCCGUAUGGUGCUGAAAGAGAACAAAGCCCCGGUCAUCGUGUUGCUUGCGCCGUCAAUCGAGCCCGAUUACGAAUGUCUCCUCGAAGCGCAGCUGCCAUUUGCGGAAGAUGUUCGAACAUACCGCUUUCCUCCACUCGAUAAAGUUAUCACAGUGUCCGGUAAAGUGGUGACGCAGCACCGUAACUUGCCCAGCGACGAUCUGCUAGACGCCAUGGACAAAUACGUAAAGAGCAUGGAGCUUACUGAUACAGAUGAGAACGGGGAACCCACGGAAUCCCUCCCCAUCGAGGACUCAUUCUCCCCAGUCCUGCAUCGAAUCGACUCGGCAGUCCGUCAUCGUGCCAUCUAUCCUCUUGACCCAAUUUCUCCUCCUGCAGGAAUCCUUACGAAGUUCUCUCACCCACCCGAAGAGCUAGUGGAGAAGUCGAAGAAGUAUCUAGACAAGCUCAUCGCAGUAUCUGACGUCAAGAAAGUACCACCGAAAACCAAAGGCAACAAACGUAUCCGCGAAGCAGAGAAGCCUCUUUCCGGACUGGAUGUCGACGGCCUCCUCCACCAAGAGAAGCGCAUCAAGAUCUCACCCAAGAAUGCGAUCCCUGAAUUUAAGCAGACGCUCUCGCAGGCGGAGAACAUUGAGACAGUCAAGGAGGCCGUGCAGCAGAUGAGCACCAUCAUCGAAAAUCAAGUCAAGCACAGCCUUGGCGAUGCCAACUACGAUCGGGUCACCGAGGGGUUAGGAGUGAUGCGAGAAGAACUCAUAUCGUAUGAGGAACCUGCUGCGUAUAACGACUUCUUUAAGCAGCUCAAGAACAAGCUGUUGAAGGAGGAGCUUGGCGGAGACCGGCGUGAGCUAUGGUGGCUUAUUAGGAAGAACAAGGUGGGCUUGAUCGAUCAGCGCCAGUCGGAGCACUCCGAAGUGACAGAGGAAGAGGCCAAGGAGUUUAUGUCCGCAACGUGAUGGGAUUGACAUGAACAGAUUAGAUACUUGUGGGACCUAAGUCUAGCACCAUCAAUUUGCUAGAGGCUGCUAGUACGUAUUCAUUAAUAAACAAGGAAAAAAAAACUCCAAUGCUGAAAAGGCCGUGCUCGCUAGAGUACAAUACCCAGACAAUCAAUCCCUAAGACCAAAGGACUGCGC